CUAGGAGUCGCAGCCAGCCACCCCCAGUUGACGACGACGCCAACUUGCCAACAGGAUGACUAAAAGCGGCAGCCAGGCCGUGAAGAAACACUUCAGGGGAGUGGGAAUCAGUGGGCAAGCCGACAACGGAAACAAAAAGCGUGUAUGCGUUUACUGCGACAAGCCCGUGGCUGGGACAGCCAGCAGGGCAAGGGAUCAUUUCCUCAAGGGGUCGAGAUGCAACAUCGAGCGCCUCAGAGGUACUAUAAAGAGGAGUACUUGAGGAGGGAGAAGGGCAGGUCGGCUGCGAGGGCCGAGUUGGGAACCAACAUGGGAGAGCCCGAAAUGGAGGUGUCAUCGGAGGAUGAGAAUGCUCCGCGGUCGUCGGGAGGACUUGUGGAUCCAUCGGGGUCUGCGGUAGGCCUCCGCCAGACGAAUCCGCAGACGUCGGCGGCAGCAGUUGCGGAUCCAUCAGGGCCUGGAAGGGCAAUAGAGGAGAUAGGUGCGGAGGCAGUGGUGGGAGUCAUUAUGGACAAUGCAGCUGUUUGCGCAGCUGCGGGGCGAAUGAUUGAAGCAGAUUACCCUCACAUCUUCUCUGUCCCGUGCACAGCACACUCCCUCGACUUGAUGUUCGAGUCUUUCGCGAAGAUCGGGUGGGUCGGUGCAAGCAUGAAAAGGGCAUCGGAGUUGGCAAAGUUCUUCACGAACCAUUCGCGGGUGCGGGACCUCCUGACCCACUACUCCGGUGGCGGUGUCGUGGCAAAACCGGGUGCGACCCGAUUUGCCACCAACUUCAUCAUGCUGUCCAGCCUGCAACAGUUGUACUUGCCGCUGCAUGUCGAGAAGGUGAUGCAGUCGUCCAAAGAACUGCUCAAACUGUUGAAGAAGGUCGAUGGCAUGGGCCCCACCAUCAGUAAGGUGUAUGCCCGUAUAGACAGCGCAGUGGAGAAACUAAGGGAGAGCAAUCACUUUGCCGAAACGGAGAAGGAGGAAAUGGAGGAGAUCAUCAUGCGACGCUGGAGCGCAAUGACAUCGCCGCUGCAUUGUGCUGCACUGUUCUUGGAUCCGGAGUACAGAGUGUCGCGGCCAGAAACGGAUGCAGAGGUUGCAGAUGGGUUUUGGACGUGGCUUUACUCGUGGUGCAAAGAGUCCUCGUUUGUUGAGGUCGACGCAAAGGUUUGUUCUUGGAUCGAGGGCACUGGGCGCCACAAUUGUGAAGAUGCAAGGACUCAAGCCCGUCUGCUGCAGCCGGCGAGGUGGUGGAGGAAGUGGUGCAGUGACAUGCCCAUCCUCCAGAAGCAAGCCGUUCGUCUGCUUGGACAAGCGCCCUCCUCCUCUUGUUGCGAGAGGAACUGGAGCUUGUUAGAACGAAUUCAUAGUUGUCUCCGUAACAACCUCGGCGCCAUCAAGCUCAGCACGCUAGUUUUCAACAGAUGGAACCAGCUUUUGUUGGAUGCCUUGAUUAAGAAGCCGAAGGCUGUCAAGGAUUCACCGCAAUGGGAAGAGGAUGAACCGGUGGAAGAUCUCACACGGGCUGAGAUGGCCGCGGAUGCAAGAAUGCGGUUGGCGGAGUGGCGUGCCCGACUGCACAGAACAGAGCCGGUUAGUGACGCAGGUGAGAACGAUGACUCAGGCUCCGACGACGACGACAAUCCCGUUGAAGUAACACAAACGCCUGUUCCAGAGGAGAUCACAGUCCAACGUCAUCGGCUGCGCAGCAAUCUUCUUGAGCUCGAGAGACAGCUCAACGAGUUGUGGAGGAAGGCCACAAAGGCUUCCAAGUUUCUGGCCCGACAACAUUUGCACGAGUUGGAUCAGGCCACGAGAACCAUGACCGUUGAGCAUGCCAACAAAUACAAAGCUGCGAGGGCAAUUGCAUGUGCACCGCCCUCGAUCCCGGCCAAACGAGGGAGAGGGAGACCUCGGAAGGAUGCUGCAACUCAAGGUGGGACAGGUGAUGAGGAGGAGGCCCAGGACGAGGAAGGUGACAAUUUGGCAGGAGGUCCUGCACCCGCAACUGUCUCAAGAAAGCGGGGACGACCGCGGAAGGAGCCCGUGCAAGAGGAGGAGGAAGCAGCGCCAGAACGGACAAGCAGCGAUGAAAGUGGUGGCGGCGGUGAUAAAAAUGAUGGCAGCAGCGAUGGUCACGACGGGAGCGGUGGCUGCGAUGGGACUGAUGGCAGUGGCGAGAAGGACGAAGGCGAAGGAGACAAGAAAGGUGGUUGUUCGUCGGAGGAAGAGGGCGACUCCGAAUCAGAACCCCUGGCUAAACUGCGCAAGACAUCCCACUAACGCACGCGCGCGCGCGCUUGAGAGAGAGAGAGAGAGAGAGAGAGAGAGAGAGAGAGAGAGAGCACUGACAGUGCUGGCAGUGUGAAGACUC